AUGGAUCUGCCUUAUUACCACAGCUGUCUGACGAAGCAUGAGUGUGAAACUUUGCUGCUCAAGGAAGGAGUAAAUGGCAACUUUCUGAUAAGAGACAGCGAGUCUAUACCCGGAGUCUUGUGUCUCUGUGUCUCGUUUAACAACUGUGUCUACACAUACCGAAUCUUCAGAGAGAAUCAAGGAUACAGGGUAGAGAGUACGGAAGGUUUUCCAAAACUGACUUUUCCAAACCUAAAGGAAUUGGUCUCCAAGUUUAAAAACCCAGAUCAAGGACUGGUGGUUCACCUUUCGAAGCCAAUAAAGAGACCCAGCCUCUGCCUGAGACAGAGAAGAUCACUAUUAGUCCCGAAUGGUAUUUAUGAGAACAGUAACGAGUAUGUGGAAGUCUUGCCUGGAAAAGGAGACUGAACAAAGGAGGUGAAAGAAGAAAUGGAACACAGCUGUCACCAGUGACAAACUUUUCCUGCAAGUGUAGAUCUGGAAUACCAAACAGUAGUGGACAAUUGAGACUCUCCUGGUUUGCAUAACUGAAGAUCUUCUGCUUUCCAGCCUCAGAGAAGUCCCUCCCAACAUCCCCACCUCCCAAGAGUACAACACAAGAAGUUCCAGAGCCCUCCUGCACUUCUGACUCUUCUUUCUUGGAAUAAUAAGGCAGCCUGAACCUAUUCUCUCUGAUUGGUUAAAGGUACCACCAUUACUUGCCAUGGUUGACAUCCUCUUUCCAACAGGCAGGGGGGAAGCUUCAGACAGAGGAAAGAACAUUUGGCAAUGAGUUAGUUCAUAGCCCUGAAUUCCACUCCAAUGGCUGUGACUUUAGACAAAUCUCUCCCUUUCUCUAGGGCUCAAUGUCUUCAUCUAUAAGGUGGUUGGGCAGAGUGAUACACAUUGCCCUACCCUGUUGAGGCUGGUUGUGUUAGGUGGAGUUGGGGAAUUAAGGAGCAAUGGAAAUGUGGACAAGUCAAUAAGGAACCAAGGCCUUAGACUCCCAACACAU